AUGGCUGCUCCAUAUCAAGACGGUGCGCCAAAUGCAGAGGAUGGACAUGGGCAGGACGGGUCAUAUGAGCAACAGCAGGCGCAACAAGCAGCUGGAGCGCCAGCAGGAGCCAAGAAGAAGCGUGCAUAUGCUGGCCAGGCCUAUGAAUUCGGUGCUGGCGGCAAUGCUCAGUUGGGUGGGCAGCAAGCGGCAGGUGGACAAUACCCAGGCUUUCCUGCUCCUGCCGCCGCUGGGUAUGGCUACCCAGCUCAGCAACAGCCUGCCCAGCCAUCGUAUGGUAUGCCACAACAACCUGCAUAUGGCGAUCCCAACGCACAGCAGCAGCAGCCAGCUCAGCCAGGGUAUGGUGCUCAGCCUCAGUACGGUGCCCCGCAACAGCAAGGGGGGUAUGAGCCACAACAGCCGGCCUUCUCAGCACAAGGUGCUGCAAACAUGCUCCAACAAGGUGUGGCGGGCGUGACCCAAGGAUUCGCACAGAUGGGCAUGGGUGGCGGCGCCACUCCUCAACCACAGCCAGCACAGCCACAAUCGGCAGUGAGAUUGAACCCUCUCAUGCCUGUGGAUGUCAGCCAGAAUGGACAGCCUUUUCAUGUCAGCGAUUUGGAUCAGCCACCGCCUCCUAUCAUUCUUCCUCCAAAUUCAUCUGUAACACCCUCACCUCACGCCAAUUGCGGUCCGAAAUAUGUCCGUUCGACACUUAAUGCCAUGCCUACGACUUCGUCAUUAUUAAAGAAAAGCAAAUUGCCAUUCGCCCUGAUCAUUCAGCCAUAUGCCACACUCCAUGAUGCCGAGGACGAUGUCCCAGUGCAAUACGACCAAGUUAUCGCUCGAUGCCGGAGAUGCAGAACGUAUAUCAACCCUUUUGCGAGCUUCCUAGACCACAGCCACAGAUGGCGAUGCAACAUGUGUAACUUGACCAACGAUGUGCCGCAAAGCUUCGACUGGGACAGCGUCAAGCAACAGACCGUGGACCGAUGGCAGCGACCGGAGCUCAACUAUGCCGUGAGCGAGUUUGUGGCACCUCAAGAAUACAUGGUUCGAGCACCUCAACCACUCAUCUACCUUUUCCUGUUCGAUGUGAGCUAUGCUGGUGUCACUUCUGGUCUUCUUGCGACUGCAGCGAGAUGCAUACUGGAGAGCUUGGACAGGAUACCCAACACUGAUCGACGGACACGACUUGGAUUCAUGGCUGUGGACAGUAGUCUACAUUACUUUCAGAUCCCGCACGACAACACCGAAAGUGGCAACGAAGCCAGAAUGCUUGUCAUCUCGGACCUAGACGAGCCAUUCCUGCCUACGCCAGAGGAUCUGCUAGUCAACCUGACCGAGUGCCGAGCCAAUAUCGAGACGUUCUUGGGCAAGCUACAAGGCAUGUUCGCCAACACCACGAACCCUUCUUCAGCCAUGGGAUCUGCUCUUCGUGCUGGCCACAAGCUCAUAUCGCAUGUUGGAGGCAAGAUCACUGUUCUUUCAGCGAGUUUGCCGAACACUGGAUACGGCAAGCUUGAACCACGAGAGGACAAGAAGCUUCUUGGCACGUCGAAGGAGAGCAGUCUGCUGCAGACGGCAAACGCUUUCUACAAGUCGUUUGCGGUCGAGUGCAGCAAGACGCAGGUCAGCAUCGACAUGUUCCUGUUUAGUGCCCAGUACCAAGACGUGGCCAGCUUGAGCAAUUUGCCACGAUACACUGGUGGUCAGACCUACUUCUACCCCGCCUGGAACGCGGCCAGGACGGAGGAUGCUGUCAAGUUUGCGACAGAGUUCAGUGACUACCUCAGCUCGGAAAUCGGUCUGGAGGCUGUCUUGCGGGUGCGUACUACGACUGGCCUUCGACCUUCAGCUUUCUAUGGAAACUUCUUCAACCGCAGCUCCGAUCUUUGCGCUUUCCCGGCUAUGCCUCGUGAUCAGGCAUAUGUGGUCGAAAUCGCCAUCGAUGAAUCUAUCACCAAGGCCUUUGCAUGCUUGCAAGUUGGUGUCCUACACACGACAUGCAAUGGUGAACGCAGGAUUCGUGUCUUGACUCUGUCAAUCCCGACUACGCAGAAUAUCGCAGAAGUGUAUGCCAGUGCGGAUCAGCAAGCUAUCACUGCAUACUUCGCACACAAGGCUGUCGAGCGUGCCUUGAGCAGUGGACUGGAUGCUGCUCGUGACGCUGUGCAGGCCAAGGUGGUGGAGCUCAUGCAGACGUACAAGAAGGAGCUUGGUGGUGGCAAUAUGGGCGGUGGGGGGCUGCAGUUCCCUGCCAAUCUGAGAGGGUUGCCGAUGUUGUUCUUGGGUCUGAUGAAGAACCUCGGUCUACGAAAAUCCGCCCAAAUCCCAACAGAUCUCCGCUCAGCCGCGCUCUGCCUCCUCUCGACCCUUCCACUCCCGCUAUUAAUGCAAUACAUCUACCCUCGCCUCUACAGCCUACACGACAUGCCCGACGAUGCUGGCCUCCCCCACGCCGACACCGGCGCCAUCGUUAUGCCGCCAGCUCUCAAUCUCGUCAGCCAAAAUAUCGUUCCCUAUGGCUUGUAUCUCCUAGACGACGGCCAAACGCAAUUCCUUUGGCUCGGUCGCGACGCCGUACCCCAACUCAUCGCCGAUGUCUUCGGCACCGAAGACAAGAAUGCUCUCAAGCAGGGCAAGACGUCCUUGCCGAUUAUUGAGUCGGAGAUGAAUGAGCGGGUCAGAGCGGUGGUGGAGAAGAGUGCGGAUCAUAAAGGUAAGGGGUGUGGGUCGAUUGUCCGUCCGCCGCUGUACUUGGUUAGGGAGGAUGGGGAGCCGAGUCUGAGGUUGUGGGCGCAGACGUUGCUGGUGGAGGAUCGGGCGGAUGGAGGUGUCAGUGGGGGCCAGUUUUUGGGAACCCUUAGGGAGAAGGUGCUGAGUUGA